AUGAAGUUAUAUGUAAUAUUAUUUACUCUGAUUUUUUUGAUUGGUUUUUGUACAUCUACUGAUCAACUUCUUGCUCAUACAUCUCUUCAAGAUUAUGUUGAUAAUUUUGUGGCUGAUGGUAAAAUUCAACUUCUAAGUGGAAGAUUGAAACUUAAUGAUUCAGUUAUUCGUCAAAUUUGGUCUUUUUUCAAAGCAAAAUAUCAUCGAUUUUAUUCAUCGAACGGAGAAGAAAAAGCACGUCUUAACCUAUUUGCCAAUCAUUUAAAAUAUGUAAUAUUAUCAAAUUUUCAAGAAUCAAGUACAUAUCAAUUAGGAUUAAAUGAAUUUUCUGAUUGGACAUCAGCAGAAUUCAAUGCAUUCAAAACUGGUUUAAAGGUUACACAUAAUUUACGACGAGAUAUCAUAAUGGAUGUUGAAUCAGAUACAGAUGCAUUACAACGUAGUUUAGAAAAACUUUAUGAACGUUAUUAUCAUACAAGAAGAUUAAAACGAAAUUUACAAAAACGUCGACAUAAAGAUAGACGAUUUUGGCGUGAUUGGUUUAAUAGUAUUUUUAAUAAAAAUAAUGCUACUAGUAAACCUAAUAAUAUAAUUGAUUGGCGUGCAAAAAAUGUUGUAAGUCCUAUUAAAAAUCAAGGUAACUGUGGAUCUUGUUAUGCAUUUGCUGCAGUUGGAGUUUUGGAAUCACUUUAUGCUAUGAAAACAAAAUCCGAAAGUGUUACCGAAUUUAGUCCACAACAAAUAGUUGAUUGUUCAAAAAAUGAUGGUUGUGGAGGUGGUUUGUUUCCACCAACAAUGGAUUAUAUAAUAGAAAAAGGUAGUAAAAUAGCUACAAAUACUGCUUAUCCUUAUGGUGAAAAACGAGAUUCAUGUCGAAUAAAUGAUGUUAAUGAAAUUGAACUUGGUAAAGUUCAAUAUGAACAAAUUCCUGUAGGAGAUGAAAAACAAUUGGCUGAAGCAGUUACUAAUUAUGGACCAAUAUUUAUUGGAAUAAAUGCAAAUAGUCUACGUUUUAGAUUUUAUAGAAAUGGUGUAUUUAAAAAAGAUAAAUGUCGAAAUAAACCAGACGAACUAAAUCAUGCUGUGAUUAUUGUAGGUCAUGGUUACGAUGAAGGACUUAAAAUGCCUUAUUGGAUAAUCAAAAAUUCUUGGGGAACAAAAUGGGGUGAAAAUGGUUAUUUACGUAUACUUAAAGAUUCUGACAAUAUGUGUGGUAUCGCUUCAAUGGCAUUUAUUACUAAAUUAUCAUAA